AUGCGUUUGGCUCAGGCUCUUCCUGCCACAGUAGUGGCUUCUUCCGCCGCUCAGGGGGUGGUUGCUCCAAAGGACUUAGAUAUCACCAGUGCCUAUUCUGUUCGUAAUGUGGCUGCCACCAUUGUUCAUGAUGCAAUGACCUACUACACAGGCAAUACAUCGUCUGUCCCCAAUGAAGUUGGAGAUCUCCAUGACCCAUACUACUGGUGGGUAGCUGGUGCCCUCUGGGGUUCCUUGUUGGACUACUACCACUACACCAAGGACCCAACAUACAACGAUGUUGUCAUUCAAGCCCUGCUGGCACCAACAAACAUUGGACCCAACUUUGAUUACAUGCCAGCCGAGCAUGCUUUUGAGGAAGGAAAUGACGACCUCUACUUCUGGGGCUCCGCUGCUUUGGCCGCCGCGGAGAGGAACUUCCCCCAGCCCGAUGCAGCCAUCCCGUCAUGGCUCGAGAUUGGUGCCAACGUGUUCAACUCGCUCCAAGGCCGAUGGAACAUGACCCACUGCGGCGGUGGGCUCAACUGGCAAAUCUUUGCAGACAACCCGAACGGCAUGAACUACAAGAACUCGGUUAGUAACGGAGGGUUCUUCCAGCUUGCCGCUCGUCUUGCCCGAGCCACCGGAAACGCUACUUAUCUUGAAUGGGCAGAAAAGGCUUGGAACUGGUCGUUUGAUAUAGGAUUCAUCGACCCCGAAAGCUACCAUGUCUAUGAUGGGACUGAUGCCGCCAACAACUGCAGCGAUGUUAACAAGAUCUCCUAUACCUACACGAGCGGAAUCUACCUUCAUGGAGCGGCCGUUCUCGCCAACCACACCAACGAUGCCAAGUGGGCCGAGCGAACAACCAAGCUCCUGGACGGAGCUAAGUGGUUUUUCGGACCGUACGAGAACGCCACUGAUAUCAUGUACGAAGGUGCCUGCGAGACCGUCGAGAAGUGCAACGCCGACAUGGAUACCCACAAGGCCUUCCUCUCACGCAACAUGUGGCAGGCGACCACCAUGCAGGCUUCUCUGCAGCCCGAGGUCGAGAGGCUCCUGGGGGCCUCGGCCAAGGCUGCUGCCCUCAGCUGCAGUGGCGGCGACAGCGGUACCAUCUGUGGAAGGAAGUGGUAUGUCGGUGGCUACGACGGCGCCCCGGGUCUCGGGCAGCAGAUGACUGCUCUCGAGACGAUCCAGGGGUGGCUCAUUCACGAGGCCGCGCCGCCAUUGUCGGGAGAUGCGAUCCAGGUCGUGCGGGAUACGAACUGGACGCCUGUGGACCCGUACCGACCUGACUCUGCCUAG